ACACUCGCUCAACAAAUGUUAAACCAAGUGAAAAUUUUAUAUAUAUACUAUAUUCAAAAUGAUCCAUGUUAACCAAUACAUUUCUAAAGGUUAUCAUUAAAACUAGGAAUUAUAAAAAUAUUGAAAAGAUAAAUAGAUGAUAGAUAAUUGACUAUAAUUCCAUUUUAUGUUUCACAUGUAAUGUCGUAAAAUUCUUUCCAAUCAAAUUUAAAAACGAGAUAUCUAAUCCAUCUAUAUAAUAAUUCGCAUGAUCAAAAAACGAUUCAUAAAAUUGUAAAAGACUCUUUCUUAAAAGUUCAAUAUGGAUUACAUAAAAAAAAAUUUAGAGCAUAAAUUAAUCGCAGUAAUUUUAUAUGAAAUUCUAAAACAAAACAAAAUGAACAUAAAAUUUGUAGUUCCUCUAACAAGAAAGAACUUGUUACUAAUUAUGAAGAGAUUCUCUUACGUUUCGUUGCAUACAAUUUUAGUAGAAAUGCGGAAACAUUAAAACAGUGAAUAUUCUCAGAGGUUUAAUAAUAGAACAAUUUACGGAUAAAAUCAGAGAUAAUUAAGGCGGAAAUAUAAACAAAAUAGUGGGGGAUACCAUUUGACCAUGGGCUCCUCGGCUGUACAAUUAUUUAUGAUUUCAGUAGUUUUUCGAGACUUAAGUCUUAGUUAAAAGAUAUGUGGUAAAUUAAAAACACUCGUAGUCACGGAAUGUAUUGUUUGUUUUUCGUUGCUUAAGAAAUAUCAAAUAAAAAGUAUGUAUGUAUUAUUUACUGCRGUUGCUACCUUUUACAUAUCAUCGUUUAGCAUUGUUGAUGCACAAUCCUUCAAUUGUACUACACCAAAUGGAAUUGCUGGAAAUUGUAUUAGCAUAUAUCAAUGUACACCAUUAUUAAAAAAACUAGAAGAAAAACCUCUUCGUAAAGAUACUAUUGACUAUUUAAAAGAUUCCCAAUGUGGUUUCGAUGAACUAGUUCCACUCGUAUGCUGCCCUCCUAAUAUUAAUUCGUCUAAUCCCAAUUUGAAUACAUUGUUAGUAACAUCUACAGAUGCCUCAAUUAGCACAUUAAAGAAUGUAAAUUGUAGUGAUGAUAUUAUGAAAUUUCUCGAAAAUUCCGUGUUACUAAGCGAAUGUGGGAGAGAUUCGAUACCUCGAAAUUUAGAAUCAGCAAAUACUUCCCCUGGCGAAUUUCCAUGGAUGGCACUACUUGAGUAUAAAACAGCUAAUUGUUUGAUGGAACGUCCACUGUCUAUACUGUCAAAUGUACGAUUUGGAGUACAUGAUUUGUGUUCAUCCACGAAUUGCGUUAAACGUGAUGACGAGAAUAUUUGUUCUGAUGGUUCAAUCAGUGUUGAGAUCGAGGAAUCAUUUAUACAUGUACUAUUCGAAUUACAUCUCGAAAUAAAUUUUAAUUAUGAAAUCAGAUUAGUUCAUCUUAAAGUUUCGGUACAACUCUUUGACAAAGAUUCGUACAAUAGUUUGUACAGAUAUCUAUUGAAGAGAGAGUUUGGUGUUGAACAAAUUCGUGCCGGUGGUGAAAAAGGUAGAGAUGCAUGUUAUGGAGAUUCCGGUGGUCUACUUAUGGGUUUUCGUGACUUACCUAAUAAUGAUAAAAUAUGGACAGCCGUAGGAAUCGUAUCCGUUGGUCCUAGUAAUUGUGGUCCUGCUGGUUUGCCUAGUGUCUAUACGAAUGUAUAUGAUUUCAUUCCAUGGAUAAUUAGUAAAAUGAGACCUUAAGAAAGUGUAUCAUUUAUUGGAUAAAAAUUUUUUAUCAUUUUGCUGUUAAAAUUAGAUCAACUACUUCUCUAUUAGUAUAAUAAUAUUUCUAAUAAUUUUUAUACUUGAGAUAAAUUUUGUACAUAUUUUGGUAUU